AUGUCAGAUUUCUCCAUUUUGACAAGCCAGACGCUCCCACUUGCGUUGGCAUCGGCUCAGAACUUCCAGAUCUGUCCUUCUAUGGACUUAAUCUCAUUUCAAUUGAACUCUUGUACUAUAUGGAUAUAUCGACUUAAUAACGAGAAGGUUUGGGAUAUCAGCUUGGAAUUAGACGACGAACAUGGCGAGGGGAUUACCAAAUUGUGCUGGCGACCCGAUGGCAAAUUCUUUUCCAUUGUUUCUAACUUUGGAAGAGUCAGUCUCUUUGAUGCAGAUACAGGAAAAUCAAUCAUACAGUUUAAUGUGAGUUCAGGAUCCAAGCAACAACAUAUAGAGGCAUGCUUUUGGUCCAAUAAAGCUGCCAGAAUUGUAGACACAUCCAAAUUUGCUCAUUUAUUAGAUGUCAAGAUAAUAAGUUCUCUUACCAAGCUUUCGUCAGAUCAGCAGUUGGUUAAUGACGACGAAUCCAUACAGUUGGACGAUUCGGUACUUGAUUUCCUCAUUAUUGGAUCAUCCGGAUCUCAAAUCUCGCUGAUUUUGUCCGGAUUGUUCACUGUUGAUGGAUAUCAACUACCUACUAGGUCAGCUAAGAUCCUCAGCGUCAUGUCUAACCAAGAUCUUACGUGCCAUCAUAUUCUACUCGAUGAAUCUGGGUCUCUAAACAUGCUGAAACUUGAUACUGAGUUUGUACACACAUUUGCAGAAAAGCUCCCGUUGAUUUCACGAACCUGCUCAAGGCUUGUCAGUCUUUUGAAAUGCCUUAUAGAGUCAAUUGAUUCCAUGAGCAAGGAUUAUAAACCAUUUACUGAUUAUACUACUCGCAUUAUCGACUUACUUAAGGGAGAAGUCGAUGAUCCCAUAUACGAUCUCUAUGACCUUUUGUUGACAGGAUCGCUGUCAGAUGCCACAAAGACUUGGCUGACCGACUAUUUGGGGGAUAGAGGUAUCAAAAGAUGGACGAAACUUGGAAGACAGCACUUUGAAGGAUCUCGAAAAACCAUUUUCUAUGAGAUGAUUCCAGCGUUGCAGCAUCUGUUGAUUCACUUGACAAACCUGCAAGGAUUGUCUAAAUGGGCGGAAACACGGCAACUUCUUGGCUUAGAUAGUACCAAGAUUGACAAUGCUAUAAAUACGGGCAGUUCUUUUCUUAAAUACUGUUACAAGACCAUGCUGACAUUAAACGAGGAACAGAAAGACUUUGACAGUGUCAUGGAAUGGCUUGAAGCUAUUGUUCAAGAAGUCACUACUGAUGAAAAGCCUACCAUUCAAAUUAGAACCAAAGAUAUCAUUCAGUUCCUGAUGUCUGUAUCGAAGAGAUCUGGACUCAACCAAAAAAGUAGUGGAUUGCACCAGCUCUACGAUUCUUUGACUGCUGAAUUGGAUGGCAUAUUUGACCAGAUAAAGCAGAAAAUGAAGUCACAGAUGAGUUCCAGUAUUCAGACCACUCUGCUGACGGUGGACUUGGAGACCUGCAAGUGGGAAACCAAACUCUAUGGUGAUUAUGGCCUUCUAGUGGUUUCCUCGAAUGAUAAAAUCGACAUCAUAAAGUUUGAUACGGCUACACUCUCUAGUGAAAGAAUGACUCUUUCAAUAAACGGAGAUCCUCAAAGUCUACAGGCAAGUCUUACCGAGAAUGGGAACCUACUACUUGUAUUGAUAACAUAUUCUACAGAGUCAAAACUUGCUCUAUUGCAAUUAGGUACUAAUGGCAUUGAUCCCCUAGUGAAUGGAAGCGCUACAACAUUGAAAGAGUUCAGCAUUCCAAGUGAAGAUGGCAGAAUAGCCACAUAUAUGGCACAUAAUUCGCAUAGAAAGACAUGCUGCAUACUUGAUGCUACAAGAAAACACUACACAGUGAUAGAGUACUGA